AAGGAGGAAGGGCUCGUUGUUCCCGCACCACAGAGGCUCACCGGGUGCACCUGCUCCAGACCCCCCUCUCCUGCAGGCGGUGGAUGACGCUGUCCGGGUUCCCAGAGAGCCGGAGCUGCAGAUUCUGGGCCAGGAGCAGAUCGCUUCCCCAGAUCCCCGCGAGGCCCCUGCAAACGGGCGUUACCAGCCUCCUGGUUUCUGCCUCUGAGAGAGUGGGGUUCCAGAGCUGUGGGGGGGCAGAGCCAGGCUUCCAGCCCCUCCUUUUACCCAGCAGCAUCCAGGCCUGGUGCUGGGCACUGAGCACCCGGGGGGGCGAACCACAGUCACCUUGUGUUUCCCCGCCUUCCUUCCUGUGUCUCCUCCGGACCAUCAGCCAUCCUGCUGCUCAGCGUGCUUUGAAGGCGGGAGUCCUUCCCCGUGUCUCCGCUCUCCACCACUACCCUCCCACUGCAGGGGACCCGUCAAGUUCACGUACAUGAGCCCCCUCAUCCGGAUGUGCCCUGCCCAGGCAGGACGAGACUUUUCCAAACCCCAGAUGAGGCCCGAGAGCCCAGCAGCACUGACGGCAGGUGCAGGAUGAAGAUGAGACGCUACAAGCUCUUUCUCAUGUUCUGUAUGGCCGGCCUGUGCCUCAUCUCCUUCCUGCACUUCUUUAAGACCCUGUCCUAUGUCACCUUCCCCCGAGAACUGGCCUCCCUCAGCCCGAACCUCGUGUCCAGCUUCUUCUGGAACAAUGCCCCCGUCACACCCCAGGCCAGCCCGGAGCCGGGCAGCCCGGACCUGCUGCGAACGCCGCUCUAUUCCCACUCGCCCCUGCUCCAGCCGCUGUCGCCAAGCAAGGCCACCGAGGAACUCCACCGGCUGGACUUCGUGCUGCCCGAGGACACCACUGAGUAUUUCGUCCGCACCAAGGCUGGAGGUGUGUGCUUUAAACCGGGCACCAAGAUGCUGGAGAAGCCCCCCUCGGGGCGGCCCGAGGAGAAGGCCGAGGGGGCCGACGGCUCCUCGGCCCGGGGCCCCGCCCGGCACCUGCUGAGCGCCCGGGAGCGCCCGGGGGCCCGCGGCGCGCGGCGCAAGUGGGUGGAGUGCGUGUGCCUCCCGGGCUGGCACGGGCCCAGCUGCGGCGUGCCCACCGUGGUGCAGUACUCCAACCUGCCCACCAAGGAGCGCCUGGUGCCCCGGGAGGUGCCGCGGCGGGUCAUCAACGCCAUCAACGUCAACCACGAGUUCGACCUACUGGACGUCCGCUUCCACGAGCUGGGCGACGUGGUGGACGCCUUCGUGGUGUGCGAGUCCAACUUCACGGCCUACGGGGAGCCGCGGCCGCUCAAGUUCCGCGAGAUGCUGACCAACGGCACCUUCGAGUACAUCCGGCACAAGGUGCUCUACGUCUUCCUGGACCACUUCCCGCUGGGCGGGCGGCAGGACGGCUGGAUCGCCGACGACUACCUGCGCACGUUCCUGACGCAGGACGGCGUGUCGCGCCUGCGCAACCUGCGGCCCGACGACGUCUUCAUCAUCGACGACGCCGACGAGAUCCCGGCGCGCGACGGCGUGCUCUUCCUCAAGCUCUACGACGGCUGGACGGAGCCCUUCGCCUUCCACAUGCGCAAGUCGCUGUACGGCUUCUUCUGGAAGCAGCCGGGCACCCUGGAGGUGGUGUCGGGCUGCACGGUGGACAUGCUGCAGACGGUGUACGGGCUGGACGGCAUCCGCCUGCGCCGCCGCCAGUACUACACCAUGCCCAACUUCCGCCAGUACGAGAACCGCACCGGCCACAUCCUGGUGCAGUGGUCGCUGGGCAGCCCCCUGCACUUCGCCGGCUGGCACUGCUCCUGGUGCUUCACGCCCGAGGGCAUCUACUUCAAGCUCGUGUCCGCCCAGAACGGCGACUUCCCCCGCUGGGGUGACUACGAGGACAAACGGGACCUCAAUUACAUCCGGAGCCUGAUCCGCACCGGGGGCUGGUUUGACGGCACGCAGCAGGAGUACCCGCCGGCGGACCCCAGUGAACACAUGUAUGCCCCCAAGUACCUGCUCAACAACUACGCGCAGUUCCGCUACCUGCUGGAUAACCCCUACCAGGAGCCCAAGAGCACAGCGGAAGGUGGGCGGCGGAACAGGGGGCCGGAGGGAAGGGCCCCUGCCAGGGGCAAAUUGGAUGUGGUCGAAGGCUAAGGCUGCGUGACCUUCCAGAGCCGGUGGCAGGUGGGGGUGGCGGCCGCUCCCGUUAUUUCCCUGCCCCCCUCUGCCUGCCGGCUGGCUCCUGAAAGGACCGGGAGUGGGGAUGGGUGGAGGAGCCUUCCCUCCUCGAGCCCUUGGGAACCGAGGGUCAGGCCUGUGAGCUCACAAAACAUCCUUCCUCAUCAGGAGAGGGAAGUCCAGCCCUUCGGUCCACCAGGAGUGCUGUGGCCGGGAGGUGCCAGCGGAGAGUGCAUGAUGGUUCCUGGGUAGCAGGGGAGGGCGGGCAGGGGUGGGGAAGGGAGGCUGCGGCACGAGCUCUCCAGGCCCGCUCUGUGGGAGCUGCGGCCCCCGCCAGGGAGAAACCUGCCAUUUGGCCUCCUGGGGCUUUCUUUGGACCUGCAGCGGGGAAGUGGGCAUGCCAGGAGGGCCUGGGGCUCUGUCCACAGGUGCAUUUGGGGUCCAGGAGGAAGAGGGGACACCAAGGUGGGAGGGGGUGUAAAGCAGCACUCGGCUGGGAGGAAGUUCUCAGAAGAGCUGAGCCAGAGGGAGCAGAGAGCUCUGCCCCCUGCCCCGCAGGGCACCCCUGCGCUGGAUAGCACCCGUGGUAGGGGAGCCCGGAGUCUGCGGAAGCCCGGGGAGUCUUCCUUUUGGUUCAAAACCUGGCCUUGACCUUCUUUCUUUUUCUUUGUUGUCCUGUGGGCUGCCCACUCAGCCCUCGUAAGGCCGAGAGUCCGGCUCUCAGGGUGGGAUGGGAGGCAGAAGCUGGGCCAUCAGCCAGCCUCACAGGUCAGGCCUGGAAGGGGGACCGGGGGAGGCAGAGGUCCUUCCCAUCACCUCUUCCCACUGGACCCCACAGCCCCAGCUGUCCACCGUUUCUGGUGGAGUCACCCUUGUGUCCCCGCCUUGGGGCUGGCCAGAGCCAGGAAGCACCCACGAGGCUGCCUGGGACCAGGAAGGACUUUAAGGCUGGUUGUACGUCAUCUCAUUCCCCUUAGUUUAUCUCACGGGGGCAGGGGAGGCAUUGGUUAGAUUCCAAGCUGCUGUCAUUAAGAGGCCCCCAAAUACAGUGGUUUAAGCAAGA